ACACACAUUCCCCCAACAGAACUAUGGAAAAGGGGCUUACGUGACUUUCACCUCUGCGAUGUCUGCUGAAGGUUUGCAAGAAAUCAGAUAAACAAGGUCAAGAAGGAAGUGGUAAUUUAAUUUUUGGGAGAACAAAGCGUCGGGGAAGGUUCUCACAACCGUUUUCUCCUUGGUUGAUAGUCAUGAUGUGCACGAACACAUGAACAACGUAAUGUUGAAAAAUUAGGCAGUUCAUGAUGGCGGGAGAGGAAAAAGAAAGACCACCGGACACUGACACUAAGGGAGGAGAAAUGAAUGUGAAACUCAUCCAUGUUGGUGUGCAGACCACCAAUGGAUGCGAUGACGUCGCCGCCAAGCCGGCACGUCGCUGCGGUUGCUUCUCCGUGUGUUUCCUCUCGGUGAUCAUCGCAAUAUUAGCCGUGGGGGCAGCAGUCCUCUUGAAGUAUUACGAAAUGCGCAAUCUAAGUCAAUCAUUCCUGGUCGCCCAGCUUGGGGAGGAGGCGUACUCGAUGUUCAAAGCGUACGAUCGGGAUGAUGAUGGAUAUCUCAGCUUGGCCGAGUUUGAGCCACUGCUGACCAAACUGGACACCCAACACAACGAGGUUGUUGACUUCAGUCAGUUCAUGGAAGACAUCGACCCCACUCAAGAGGUGAUCUCUGUUGAAGCUCACUUCCAGCCACUUCGUCAAGACACCAUGACCAAAGACAGAGGGGGUCUGUUUGGUAAGGACCUCGGCAGCCUAGGAGGCCUUGAUAACUGGAACAGCACCUACCAGGAGAUCGCUGGUUUCGGUGUACCACAGUUCACCGCGUUCCUCCCCGACGGGGCAAUCCCUGUGGGCGAAGUCUAUGAGCUCGUCAAGUCCAACCUGAACCAGUUCGCCAACACACUGUCCAGCAACCGUUACUUCCCACCCAAGGUGAUGGGGAGGGAGUUGCUGCUACACAGGCUGCUGAGUAUGUUCCAUCCUCAGCCGUUCCUUCAUACCCGGUUCGGUCCGCAGGGUGCGAUGGCUGUCGUCAGAGCGGAGAGUCAGUUGUAUGUCGAUGUGGUUUUUAGGAUUCAUGCAGAGUUUCAACUGAACAAGCCUCCUGAAAACCCCUUCUGGUUUACUCCAGCUCAGUUCACUGGAAACCUAAUCAUCAGCCGGGACUCAUCACACAUAGAGCACUUCCAUCUCUAUGUACCCUGUAACAGGAGUCUCAAUGUGGACAUGGAGUGGAUGACCGGCCCUGUGGAGAACGAGAACAUGGAGGUGGACAUUGGUCACAUGCCUCAGAUGGAACUGACCGUCCCGUCCCCGUCCAGCCACAUCGCCAUGUAUGGGGAGAACGGAGAGGUCCUACAGGAGGCCAAGCCACCAGUCCGAGACUUGGAGAAUAACAAGAUCACAUGGAAUAGUCAGAUCUCCAUGGAAGAAGCAGUCAGGAUACUAGAGCUGCAUUUUUAUCCAUUCAAAUCGGUGCCUUAUUUGCCCUUCACUGAAGCAUUUCAGCGGGCAGCAGCAGAGGAGAAAUUGGUGCAUUCCAUUUUACUCUGGGGAUCACUGGACGACCAAUCCUGCUGAGGUUCGGGGCGGACUCUUCGAGAGACGGCUCUCGAGAGUUCGCCCGUUACUCAGCUGCUGGACCAACACUUUGUCAGUAGCUGGUCCCUCAUUGCUGAUCUUAAGACCUUCAAGGAGGACACUGACCCUGAGGUCUCCAAACUUGCCACUCUCUGUUUAGAUAAAUACACUUUUCCUGUGCAGAUGAUUAUUUCAUUACCCAAUGGUACCGUAGUGCACAAUGUCAAUGCUAACGAUCUACUUGACUUUAGUAAUGAGUCGCCAACAAUAUCACAGGUGUUUACUGACCCGCUUGUGACGGCAUACAUGAACUUUCUCCACGAAGGACUGAAAAAAGGAAAAAGUUUUCUCUAGGAUGCAACUCAUUGUCCAAGAAUGUUUGAUAAGUAUGGUGCCAUUUUUAUUUUUUUACGAAGAAGAACAAACAAGUUUUUUUUAUAUAGACUGACUCUAUUUUGAUGCCAACUGUCAUCGUUUAAUAUUUAACUUAUUGAAUACUUAACUCCUGAGGCAAUCUAAAUCUACAUGUUGGAACCUUAAUAAACCGACAAAAACUUAAAACUUUGGAUCUAAAAAGAUCAAUGCCAACCGUGAUACAUUUUUUGUAAUUUGUUUAUAUUAACGGAUUUUGGAGCAGUAAGGCUGGAUUGUGAUGGCCAAGGAAACAAGUUUUCUUCUUAGUUUUUGCUUGUUUUCAUUUCUGAAAGGCAAUUAUGUAUCAGUUUUAAUCUUAUUGCUAUCCACAAUGUUUUAACCCUACACUGAUAUUCAGUUCAAAGGCGUAACCAAACAUUUUCACGUGGGAAGGGGGAGGGGGUGUAAGCUGGGGCAAAUACAUAAUUUUGGUAGCUUUUUAAUAAAUUGAUCCAAUCAUUAAAGUGCAUGUUUUCAUUCUCAUAUUUUUAUUUUGGGGGAUGGCAAUUUUUCUUUGGGGAAAAAGGAAAACAAUAACAUUACAAGCACAAACUGUGGAUUAUACCAAUAAUUUACAUGUAAUCAGGCAAUUUAUUUUACCCAGUUAACCCUUUAGUCCCUGCACCGCCCGAGUUUGCUGAAAUCCAAUUUCUCAAGAUUCUUGCAGUAAAUUACUGGAA